CUUACACUUACGGUGAAUUAGCCCAAUCUACAGCCCUGGCUCUACCCUACACCUGCUACUCCUAGUGACACUAUACCUAGACUUUUUGUAAGAAACCCAAAGUUUAAGUAGCCCAACUUAAAGUCUUAAAGUACACUAAACUAGCCCUAGCAGUUAAGUGUUAAGUCUAAGUUAAACUUACUUGUAAUUGAUUAAUUGAUUGUAACACUACUCACCCUUGCCCUUAACCGCCUUAAACUUAAAUAUUAAAUUCAUUUUACUUUUACACUAUUACACUUCUACUUCUGGGCUGUCAAGUCCAAGUGACUAAGUCUAACUUUAUUUCUGAUUAUGUAUUGUCUUAGUCACUCUUAGUAGACACUAUUAUUACUAGAUUGAACCAACAUUAGAGUUAGAGGAGUAGGCCCUAUCAAAGACUAUAAUAAAGUUAUAAGUUAUAGGAGUAGAGUUCGAUUUUUAAAUUUAGUAAAUGGAUUUUGAUAUAAUAUACUAUAACUAUAGGCAUAGGUCUUUAAAGAAAAUUAGUAGAUGCUUACUAUUAUUAAAAUAAUAAUCUUAACACUCUAAAUUGCUAAAUAAGACAUAAAGUAAAUUUAGUUAAGGGACCAAAGUGGUAGGAGAAAUUGUGGCAUUCAAAGAAAAUUAUGGAGCAAGAAGAUAGGAAUGUAUAAUUGUAUGACUAUGACUACACAAUUAUGCAUAAAACUUCAUAAAAGAGAGCUGAUAUAAUAUUUUUAGCUGCACUUGCAUUCUACAACAUAAAUUUAUUUCUGUAUUAUGAACAAAAUUUGAAAUUGUGUGUAAGUAUAAGCUCUGCUGAAUAUAUAAAAAUCUUUUGUGUAUAUUUAUUUUUGUUUACAUUUCAGGAAUUCAAAUAAAAUUUACUAACCCUAAAGAUUCCUGACAAAAAUGUCAACUCCUAUAGAUGAUUUUAUGCUGGAGGAUGAAGAGGAAGAGUCAUGUCAUCUCCAACCGCCAUAUAGUAGUUUAAGUUCUGCAAUGGUUAGCUCUCCAACAACAGAUACAUUGGAUUCUGUGGUACUAGAGGCUUCACCCUUUGAUGAUAUUGGAAAGGUAAUUUUAAACAGAAUGUUUUAACAGAUCAGUUCCAUCCGCCAAUACUCAAUACCUCACAGUUAGCGCUACAAAAACUCUAGUCUGUGCUCUUGUUCUCUCUCAUCUUGACUAUUGCAACUCUCUUCUGUCAGGUUCACCAAAACACUGCAUAGAAAAACUGCAGAAAGUCCAAAACUCAGCUGCUAGGCAAGUUCUAAAGGCAAAAAAAUGUGAUCACGUCACUCCACUACUCCACUCCCUCCAUUGGCUCCCUAUACAGGCACGCAUUGGCUACAAGUUGUCUGUUCUCCGUCACAACUUUUUCUCGGAUUCCUGCCCUUCCUAUCUAACCGAACUUCUUUCUGUCUAUUCACCCCUUCGACAGCUUCACUCCUCCGCAGACACGCAUAUUCUGUCCAUUCCCAAGACACACACUAAAACAAAUGGUGGAUGAUCUUUCUCUUUCUGCACCCCAAACAAAAUAGAAUUCUUUGCCACUACACAUCCACAAUAUACCAACCACCCAGGCCUUCAAAACUGCACUCAAAACACAUCUCUUUAAACUAUACUACCCUGACUGAUUCCCCUCCUCUGACCGAUAAAUGAUCUUGUUGGCUGCCGUCCAUGGUUUGCUUUGUAAAAGUCCUGGGGUUCAUGCUGUUCUUUAUUUCAUAAUUGUAUUUGAUUUUAAUGUCAUGAUUAUGUCUCUUUUGAUAAUAUUUUAUGUACAGCGCGGUGAGCCAAGCCCUCGGCUGGGGUACCGCGCUAUAAAAGACCACUAAUUAUUAUUAUUAUUAUUAUUAUUAUUAAUUGCUUUAUUUACUUUUUAAAAAGUAAUUUUGUGAGUGAUACCUAAGCAGUCUGUGCCAUAUCAAUUUUUUCAAAAAGUUUUUUUAAAAAAUUUAGUCUUAGUUUACAUAACCCCCAAAUACUUUAUACACAUUGAGAAAUGCUGUUUUAAAUAACUUUGUUUACUAAGUAUAGAAAGGCAUUCUUAUUCUUUGUCUUUCAUAUAUUUUCUUUUGACUUAAAAAAUUUAGACUUAUUUGUUUUCAUGUAUCUAUUUCUUCAAAAAGCAGGAUGAUGUUGAGCAUCUUCCAUUGGAAGAAAGUGUUGAUCUAGAUCCACCAGAAGAUGGAGGAGGAAUUGAGAUAAGCACAAAGAAGGAAGAAGAAAUCAAAAUUAUGGAAGAAAAUCCAGAAGAGCCCAUAACAAAAGUGGUGUUGCAAGAAGUGAAAGCCUUGGAUUUGAAUGAAAAGGUUGGCUUCAAAUGUGUUAUUUCUAAGAUCUUUAUUUCUUUCCAUCACAUUUUAAAACAGGGAAGGAGACAAUGUGAUGUCACCUAAAGCGCAGAGAUUAUUUUUUCUUAUGCAGUGAUUCUCUAGUCUAGUUGUUUAGAUCAUUGUAGUUUAAUCGAAGUAUUUAGCACUAUUCAGACUUCAUGUAAUUGUUAAAAGGACACACACAAAUUAAUUAACUGGCUAAAUUUAUUUAAGUUACUCAAGUUGUAUAAAUGAUAAGCAAGAUGCCAAAGAUCAGUGUAAUUUAAAUAAAGAUUACCAGUUUCUUUAAGGAGAUUGCUGAAUAAUAAGUUUAAGGACAAUUGAUUCAAAUUAGAUUAUAUUUUUAUGAAAUUCAAUUUAUUACACUUUUUUUUCUUUGUAAAAAUAUUUUCAGCAAAAUAUAGGUUCAUCAGUCCGUGAUCAUGGUGAUGCCACUGCAAAUAUAAGUAGCUACUUUGCUGACUCUGGAGAUGAUAUCUUUGAUUGUCUUCGAUCUGUUAAAGAUGAAAAUCAGCUUGGUAAUGAUCUCUUCAUGUCUAUAUCCAUAUCAAAAUCAGAUGAAGACAUCAGAGUAUCAGAAAUGAAUUCUAUUGAAAUCAAAGACACAGACUUUGUUGCUACUCCCUUGUCUCCUGACAAUGAAGACGGAAUGCGAAGACAAAAUUCUUUUCUGAGGAAAAGAGAAUAUGAAGAUGAAUUUAGAGAGGCUGAAAAGUUUAAAGAAUUGGAUGUGUUUCAAAUUAAGGAUUCAGAAAUAGAUGAGAUAGAAAAAAAUGGCAAUGUCUUUGAAGAAAAGGAAAGUGAGAAUAAAGUUGAAAAUUUGACACACAUUCAACGCAGAGAGCACAAAUCUUCAACUUCAGAACCAGAAACAAUCGCAUUUGAAGGUAUGUUUUAACAACAACAAGAACUAAUAUUACUAAUAACAGACAUAUUGUCACUGUAUUUCAAUAAGUCAUAUUUUUAAAAAAAUUCAUUUUUAGCUAUUGGCAUAAAUGAAACAAACAAAAUAAGGAAUCAUGGAUUAGUGAGCUAUUAAUGUAGCAGAGACAACCGAUUUUUUUUUAGGUUGCUCAAUAUUAAAUACCCAAAUGAUGUGCACAUAAGUGCUUUUGGGGUGUGUUGUGAUGUCAGAUAUUUACAACCUCUGUUAAUAAGCUCGUCUUAGGUAUUUAUCAUAAUUUGCCUAUUUAUAGUUAUAUCUAAUUGGUAUUCAUCUUUCUAAAAAUGUGCUUUAUCCCAGGUGUGGUCGAGUCAGGAGGUACAGAGCAAGCAGAUCUACAGAUAGCUGAUUUGGCAGAGGAGGAUAUUGAAGAGUUCACACAGAAUGAUGAUAAGCCAAGCUUCAUGUCCCAAGUAUCUCGAAGUUCUGAACAUGCAGAUUCAUCCCCAGUAAUACCAGCAACUCAGCAGAGUCAACAGUCUCAACAGACAGCUGCAAUCCUCAGCCCACCUAUUGAGCUAUCCUCCAGCAAGCACCAUGGACCAGUGGUUGGUACAACACCAUCACAAUUGUCUCCCAUGGGCACACCAGUUCACCAAAUAAGUGACUCAAACCGGGACGUCCUCAUUGCUAGUCCAUCUUAUGCUCCAAUUAAUCCUUCCGUUUUCGACACAACAGGUGUGCCAGGAAGUCCUUUUCAUAUGCCGAGCCCAGAAAUUAAAGGGGGCUCAGUUUUUGCACCAUUUGGUUCCACGGGAGCUAAUGAAGAUGUUUUUACAUCCAUACUUAGCAUGAGUGAUGCUGACAGACGUCAUGAUGCAUGGAUUCCAUCAGAUGCCACCAGCCAUGUCUUGAAAAUCUUAGCUACAAGCCCUGGUACAUAUUUACCAGCUACUGAACAGCUUAGUACACCUGGAAUCUUUAACAAUGAGCUUCAAGUGAGUAAAGACUGAAGAGGAUUACAUUUCCUUAAAUUUAAAUAUUAUUUAAACAAUUAAUUUCUGUCGAUUAAUUUGGAUGUUCUCUAAUUGCAAAACAAAUUGUUCAUUAAAUUCAAAUAACCAACUCUUCUCAUGCCAGGGUGAUCCUGUCAAAGAAUUGGUUUUGAGAUACAUGGGAGAACAAGAAGCUGUAAAGCGGUCAGUUUUGACUGUUAACAGUGUGACCCAAGAUGCUGAUGGACUAAAGAAACUAAUUGCAAGUUUUUUUUCCUCAUAUUAGUAUUUGACUAAGCUCUGUCCCUUCUUCAAUGCAACAAAACAUCACUGUAGUUGAACAGGACAUGGCAAUAAAUUAGUUACAACUUAAGGUAAAAUUAAAAUAAUUUUAAAUUUAAUAAGCAUCAAGUGAUUCUUGCCAGUGUUCCAAUGGAUAUGAACAAGAUCAUACCGGUACUAUUUUAUUUUAGAAGUUGGCAUGCUACUUCUUAUGUUUUUCAGUUGUAUUGUUUCUUGAGAAUGGUUUGUUUGUCAUGUUUAAAAAUUUUUUAUAAUUUUUUAGGAAGCUGGAUGUCUGAGGGCUGCCAUAGAUUUAACUGGCAGAUUGUUAGAGCAAGUUGGCCAAGGAUAUGGCAAAUUUGGUUGUGUUACAGUCCACACACCUCAUUCCUUACAGUUGUGGUUUUGUCGGUUGGCAUUAAUGGUCAAACUUAGAAUGUAUGAGCUUGCAGAAGCUGAGAUGAAAGCUUUUCAAAAUUUAGACACGCCAGAUUUGUAUUUCCAGUUUUAUGCAAAUACAUAUCCAGGACGAAGAGGUAAUCAACUGUAAAUUGUUGUCAUUGGAGGGACCGGGUACUGUAUUUAUAGCUCCUUAGUGCUCCUAUUCAGUGGUGGUCAUUAGAUAUCUGUGUCAAAAGGAAAUGAGAAAACUGUUAUUUAACAUUUAUGUAAAGUUUAUUUCUAAACUGUAAAGUUAAAAACAUUUCAAUUUUUUGUUUCUUUUUAUCAUUAGGUUCUAUGGUGUCAUUUUCAAUGCGGCUUCUUCAUGCAGAGCUGCCAUUGCUGUGUGGACGAAGUCAAGAAAGUUUGGAUAGAUUGUAUUACAUGUUGGCUGUUUGCAAUCGAGUAAAUUCUUGCAUUUUAUAAAAAUUUUCCAGAUUACUUAAUUAAUAGAAUAAUUUAGAAAUUAGAUGUAUGAUUCAGACAUUAAGAGCCAAUAUUGCCUGGUUUCUAAUGUCGCAUAAAAGUACUUUGCCUUUUAAAAACAAACUGGAAAUUUAUGAUCGCUAAUUUAUUUAAAUAAACUUAAUUUACUUGACUUUAACAGAUAAAAUCCAAUCUUACAUCUGACCUUAGUGAAGACGGUAGUGCUACUCAUAUGACUUAUGAAGCUAGAAAGGGUGAGUUCAUUUUUAUUUUGGGACAUUUACAGACAUUCUGUAAAUGUACCGUAAGUGAACAUUGAAGUUUUGAAGGUCACAUUAUUUUAGAGCAUUUAUUCUAAUUUAACCAUAUUUUUUUUCAUGCUUUUCUAGUAUCACAAGAAUUAUGGAACAAAAGAGACAUUGACAUCACUUACAAAAUUGCAUCAACAAUGCUGGCAGUGAAGGUGAGUAGAAAUAUAUCUGUGCUAUCUAACUUUAGUGUAAAUUAAUAAUGAUAAUGAAAGCUAACACUUUUCAAAUAAAAAAACAAAACAAAAAAAAAACAACAACAAAUCAUUAAAGAAUGUUACAAGUUAUAGCAAAUAAUUUUUGCAUACUCAACCAUGUAUAUUUUAAUAUUUAACUUUGCAUUGUUAUGUAUUCCUAUUUAAGCAAUUUUAAUCUCUUCAUAGGAUUAUGAGGGUGCCUUGGCAAUCUAUAACACAUUACUUGAAAAGGACAAGAAUGCCCAUCUGGAACUUUUGGCUGGAAUUGGGAGAAUCCAUUUACAAGUUAGUCUCAAGUUGCACAUUUUUUAUUGUGAUCUACAUUAAGCACAAAAAUUAACUAACUAGACUUAUUAUAAAUAUUGGCUGUUAAGUAUUUGGUGUUCCAGUUGACAUUUAAAAUUUUCUACUCAUGUACCAGGUAAUUCAAACAAUGGUCUCAAAGCUACCUCCGUGGCAAAAUAUUAGCACGAUUCCAAGGAUUGUAGCACAACAUAAUUAUCAUUGAUGAAUGGGUUUAGGCCCAAAGGAGCGUCUAUAAAAUGAUUCUAGCAGCAAUAGUUAAGAAAAUCAGAUAUUAAUAUUAAUUUAAAUGACAAUAGUGAUGGAAACAAUGAAUCAAGUGAAAAAGUGGCAGAUAAAAAAAUACCUUCAAAUUCCACUUAUCAUAUUGGUCAGGUCAUGAAAGGUGGCAAAAAAAAAAAGACUCCCUGCCACUUGCACCCAGUUUGCUAAAGUAUGUUUGGUAUUAUUGACACCGUGAAGAGGACACCUUCUGAUCUCUACUCUAGAUCUGAGAAUAAGAGUUCCAGCCAUAGCUGACAAAGAUGAAGAACAGAUACAAGAAAAUAAGCCAAUAUUUUCAUCCGAAUGACAAUAACAAUUCGGUUGCUAAGGAACAGUUAGGAUCCACUUUUUAAAAUUAGACCCCUUUUGGAUCAUUAUUGAGUGUCAAACUUGCAGAGAAUUAGCUGGCUGUAUUUACUUAUUCAUGUGUGAUGAUAGGCACCAAAAAAAAGGAAAGGGUGGCCACUAGGUGCAGAAAAGAUAUAAGAUAGAAAAAGUGGAUAGUCUUUUGGUUCCUAAUCCAAAUAAGAAUAGUCAAUGCCUCCAUAAAAAUGAAGGUGACCAGGAACUCUACCACUCUGCAACAUUAAUGAUACUGCGACAAUCCUUCUCCGAUUCCACCUUGACUUGUGUUCAGGACUGUUAAAUUCUUCAGCUCAUUAGCAGUUGAAAAGGAACACAGAAAUUUUGGUUUCAGUUGUAGCACAAUCAUCCUCUAAACAUGAAAUGAUGAGACUUUUUGGCAGGAAAACUAAAUGCCACAAUAUGACAGCAAAACUGUAAAAAAAACAACAGUGGAAGGGUGUCUGAAGCAGUUUUGGGUGUAUAAUGGGUUAAAUUAACCUGUUUAUAGUUGCCAGUUUUGCUGGGUUCCACCAAAGCUAAGAAAAGGGACAUUGGUGUGCUUGUUGAAGAAAGUUCAUGGCAAAAAAUUGAUAUUUUUUUCCUCUUUCAUUUUAUGGAUUUUUAAAUGUGAAAAUUAUUUUCAUUUUAAUUUUCCAAAGUCUACCAGAAAUUGUGUCCAUUUAUCAGUAAAUACAAAGUUUUAAUUUUAAAAACCUGUUAGUAAUUUAUUUUUUUGCUAAUUUAUUAGUAAAAGGUCAUGAAAAGUUUUAAAAUGCGAAAUAUUAAGCAGGAAUUGUUUUACAGGGCACACUUGUUGUGUUGUAACAACACGGUUUUAUGCUGUGUAGUUGCUCUCCAUGUUGUUUUCGUGCAAAUAAAACAUUGAACUGACCUUGAUGGAUGUCUCUGCUGAUUUAGUUAUCUUUCCUGUGAAAUACCUUAGAAAUACCGGUAUAAUCUUUCCAACAAAAGAACAUCGAUUAAAAAAUAUUUAUGUCCCUUUGCUUGGUCAAGGGGAGUAGAAAAGACUUUUAAGCAUUACGCUUCACUAUCUUUAUUUACAAUUUAAUAUAAUAGUUGGGAUAUUAAUGCAGCUUGGAUGUUUGAGACCACCAAUUGAGCAAAAUAUUAAUUGAAAAGAUCAAUGCAUGUUUAUUAAAUUUAUUUACAUUUUUUAUUCUAGAUGGGGAACAUCGCAGAAGCGACACGCAUUAUGAAAGAUGUAGAAACUGAAUCUUCUAAGACUGACAGUUCUGUGUCUUGUCAUAAUCUGAUCAGCAGGUACGAGUGUCUCUUUGACUGUUUUAGCUUUACCAUUAAUAUUGCUAUUACUAUGUAUUAUAUAAACUUCCUUUACGCUACUGACUAAAGCACAAUUUUAGUGUACUUAUAUUACAUUCUUAAUCUUUGACCUAUAUUUUUUUAAAAAUAAUCUUUUUUAAAUUUUCUUUAUUUACUUCAUGACUUGAAGAUAUUUUUGAGGGAUUUGCUAAUUAUAAAUAUUCCAUCAGAUACACGUGCCUUAUUUGGGGAAAAUAGUCAAAUUUUCUGCUAUUCCUCUGUGAUACAAUAUGUGCCAUGUUGAUCUAGAAUAUUCAGUCAGUGUCAAAUACACAUAACCAUGGGAUACUUCUUUAUCAAGGGUUCAGUAAUUUGGAAUUUCAUGUCUGAAGAAAAUCAAUUGAGGAGCUUUAUUUAAUGAUUCAAAAUUAUUUUCUUCCAGGGGACUUUUAGCCAUGUGUGGUGCAAAUUUCUUUGAUGCUUAUCAACACUUCAAGUCAGCUGUGCAGUUACAGCCUCAUAACACAUGCGUAAGUAUAUGAGUCUAUCACUAUCAGUUUUAUACAUUAGUUUUAUAUAUUCUAAUUAAAAUUAGCUUUUUUAUGUUAACCAUCUUUUAUCACAGAUAAUUAGUUAGGACUUUUUUUUUUUUUUAAAUAUGUAAUUUGUUGUAUUGAAAAAUUAAAAUUUUACUUUAUCAAAUGUUGAAGCACUUUUUCUUAAGUGGUAAAAAUGCAGUUUGUCUUGUUUUUUUUUCUUACUAUCACUAUCAGUUUUAUACAUUAGUUUUAUAUAUUCUAAUUAAAAUUAGCUUUUUUAUGUUAACCAUCUUUUAUCACAGAUAAUUAGUUAGGACUUUUUUUUUUUUUUUAAAUAUGUAAUUUGUUGUACUGAAAACUUAAAAUUUUACUUUAUCAAAUGUGGAAGCACUUUUUCUUCAGUGGUAAAAAUGCAGUUUGGCUUGUCUUUUUUUCUUUCUAUUAAGGCUGUAAAUAAUAUGGCAGUCUGCUCUCUUUAUCUUGGCCGUUUGAAAGAUGCCCUCAACACACUUGAGCAGCUAGUCCACAGUGAUCCAGCGAACACUCUUCACGAGGGAGUUCUUUUUAACUUGUGUACCCUGUAUGAACUAGAAACAUCAAGAGCUUUACACAAGAAACAAGCAAUUCUUGACCUGGUCAGCAAACAUAAAGGAGAUGGAUUUCCUGUUGCUUGCUUGAAAAUGACUUAACACUAAGUCAGGAGGACUAAAUUCAGACAAUCUGUUCAUUUGUUAAUGUGAUGCACUUCUCCAUGUCUGUUUAAUACCUUUGGCUUUUGAUCCCAAUCAUGUUCAUGUUAGGUUCAGUUUGGAGAAAACUGUUUUAUCUGGUUGUCGACCUAAAUAAAACAAAAACGCCUGCAUGCUUUCAGCUGGCAAAUAAAAAUUCCAAAUAUUAAGUGGUAACAACACAUGGCCUUUUGAAAAACGUAUAUCUCCAAGGAAUAGGUUCGGAACAUUUUGGGGAAUUUUUGUUUUCGUUUCUAAAUGUGUGAAAAUAAAUAUUGGUCCAAAAAUCACAUCAUUAUCUCUAGUGAGGUGUUGUGAGAAGUUGCUAUUAAUGAUUCCCUUGUAAAGUAAUGACUUGUAACAUACAAAUAAUGUCUUGUAUUAGAACAUUCAACAAGGAAUGAAUUUUCCCAUUUAACAAGUUUUUCAAUGAAACUGUUCUGAAAUGUUUUGGAUUUAACAUGAAAAUAUUUUUAUUUAACCUCAAGUCACAAAUGUGAUGAAAAUAAAACUAAUUUUGAGUUGGCUUAGAUUUUUGGCCAUCAAUAGCUAAUAAAGACUAUUGAUUUAAAAUGAGUGAGAAAUGUAAUUUUUUUUAAAGAGUAAAUUUCUUUAAAAUACCGAUAUGUCAGUUUAUAUUAUAAGAUGCAAUGAAAAUGAGCUUAAUAACUAGAAGGUAAUCUUGGUUAAAAUUGUCUUAAAUAAAUAAAUAGCUGGUUUAUGUUUGAAUGAAUAAUUGUAAAUAUUUUUAAUAUUUAUCUGUUUUGUGACUAUGAUAUUUUAAUAAAAUAAGCAUUCCAUGUAUACCAAAAAAUCAAAUGGUCCGCUUCUGAUGUCCAUUAACAAAAUUCAUUUGUAAAUGUUAUCCUUUAAAGAAAAUUUAAGUGCAAUAUUUAUUUUUAACAAUUGUAUUUGACAAAAUAAAGGGAAGUCUCCAUUUCUUUUUAUAAACACUUUAUUUGACUAGUUUCAAUAUUUGAAUGAUUUAAGUAAAUUUUUAAAAGGAUAUUAGAACCAAUUACAUGUUCCAGAUCAUUUAUCCUACUUUAUCUUUUGUAAACCAAGUACAAAAUCGUUGAUAAAACAAUUGUGACUGGCUUAAUUUAGAUUCAUCAUCAGUACUUUCAUGUACCGGUAUGCAUAUUUCAAGUACUUCACUGUUGGACUCCUGGAAGAAGGAAUACACAAAGAAAAGUAUGGGUAAUAAUACACAGAUUUUAUAUCUCAUAUUUCAGAAAACUGUAUGUAUUUGAUAGUUCAAAGAUUAUUAAGUUUAUUCUAGGCAAAAACUGAAUUUGAUCACAAUAGAGUACGUUGGGCACUCUUCUGUGAUCAGAUCAAAUCUGUUGGGUCCCCAAGGUUAACUUGAUAUCAUAUUUUUAUUAUUAUAAGUGGUUUUAUAUAGCGUGGUGGUACCACGCUGUACAUACAAUUUGACAAACAUAAUCAUGAACUUAAAAAAUUAACGCACAUUAAUUAAAUAAAACAAAAUAAAUGUAUACCAAAACUAUUUACAUGAUAAGCCAUGGACGACACCCAGCAGCAUCGUUUUUUGGCCAGGGGGGGGAAUCAGUCAGGAUAGUAGAGUUGAUAGUAGUAAGUAGAGUUUAAAAAGAUGUGUUUUGAGUGCAGUUUUGAAGGCUGUGAUGGUCAGUAUAUUGCAGGUGUGUAAUUGAAGAGAAUUCCAUUUUUUAGGGGCACAGAAAGGGAAAGAUCUUCACCGUAUGUUUUUGUGCGAGUCUGCGGAGGAGCGAAGCUGUCGAAGGGGUGAAUAGACAGAAAGAAGGGCAGGAAUUCAAGAAAAAGUUGUGGCAGAGAAGAGAGUUUGUAGUCAAUCCGUGCUGGUACAGGGAGCCAAUGAAGUGAAUAAAGUAGUGGUGUGACAUGAUCUUGUUUUUAUUUGCCUUUAGAACUAGCCUAGCAGCUGAGUUUUGAACAUUUUGUAAUUUUUCUAGUAAGUGUUUUGGUGAACCUGACAGAAGAGAGUUGCAAUAGUCAAGACGAGAGAGAACAAGAGCACAGACUAGGGUUUUUGUUGCAUUAACUGUGAGGUAGUGGCGGAUGGAGCUGAUCUGACGGAUAGCUGUGUAUGCAGAGCGAAAAAUGUGAGAGAUAUGAUUAUCAAUGUAUCAAGAGACAUGUUGUUAGAAUAUUACAAUGAAGACAUUUAAGAGAAAUAUUUUAACGAAAACUUUUGAUUGCGAAUAUAAUUUUGCACAUACUUUUUUCUUAAUUAAGCUGUGUUUCUGGCGAAAAAAAUAUUAAAAAUCAAUA